CGCACUGCAGCCCACCCCACCUCCGUCCUUUUCUUCCUCUUCCGAACAUCCUCUGGGUUUUUUUCCCCUUUUUUUUUUUCGAAAUUCUCGCAUGAAAUUUGAGUAAUUUCGUAUAAACAGGCUGCCAAAGAAAAAGGAGCAAGAAAGAUGGGGAAGUAUAUGAGGAAGGCUAAAAUCUCAGCGGACGUUGCGGUAAUGGAAGUCUCUCAGUCCACUCUUGGUGUCCGUACUCGUGCCAAAACCUUAGCCCUUCAACGUUUGCAAUCCUCCCCCUCCUCCACCACUACCGCUCCGACUCUGUCCGGCGUCUCCGACUCGUCUUGCUACCUUCAACUCCGGUCACGGCGGCUCGAAAAGCCCUCUCCUUUAAAGCCACAAUUUCAACAAAAACCCCCUUCUAGAAAAGAGACUGGCCACCCAGAAUCGCAAGCAAAACCUAACUCUUGGUCCAAGUUGAACGAUUCUGUCAAUUCUGGCUCAGUUACUCCACCCAAGAAAGAAGAGCCCUGUCUUGAAAACCGAGUCGCUGAGCAAAUAGCGCAGGAAUUUGAUUUGGGUGUUGAGGUCUCUUUUGGAGAAAAUAAUUUGGACUCUGAGCCCAGGGAAAGGAGCACUAGGGAAAGUACACCGUGUAGCUUGAUAAGGGAUGUGGAUGCUGCAACCCCUGGAUCUUCUACAAGGCGAAGGACUGUAAAUGCGGUGAAUCAAAUAAGUCGAAGUGCAUUUCUUGAAAAUAUUCCUUCGGCGUCUGAGAUAGAAGAAUUUUUUACGCGAGCUGAGCAGCAACAGCAGCGUUGGUUCGUUGAGAAGUAUAAUUUUGAUGUCAUCAACGAUGUGCCCCUCCCUGGACGCUACGAAUGGGUGAGAGUGAACCGCUAAGCAGGAUGAUGCCUGUCUUUGCUCGCAGUUUCUCAAUAGAUCUCAUGAUAAUGAUCCAUAGAUAUGGAAGAAGGAAAACAAGCUGAUUUACUGCAGUUAGAUCAACCGUAGUUUCAGAUAAGAUAAAAGAGCAGCCAGCGUAGAUGUAUAAUUUAGAGAUGUGUAACAUAAAGUAGCUAAUGAAUUAUGACUGACAGUUGGGUAGCAGAAUUGGCAGAUGAAUGUAACUGUUAGCUCC